UUUCUCUCUCUGACCUUGAUAAAACUCGUAAAAUCCUCGAGAGUCUUCUUGUUCCAGCUUCUGAUGUCAUUAGGCAUCUUGGUCCUGAAGCGUCUCCUACAGUCUAUCUGCAAUUGUUAGACUCUGCGUUUGCCACGGUUGAAGAUGGAGAAGAACUGUUCAUGCGGUUCAUGAGCACAUUCCAGGAUUCUGGAGAAAAAUCAUCUACGUACCUGCAGCGCCUUCAGGUUGCCCUGGGUAACGCGGUGCGCAGAGGAGGUGUCCCAGCACAGGACGGAGACAAACACCUACUCCGGCAGUUUUGCAGGGGCUGCUGGGACAACGCCCUGCUUGCUGACCUCCACCUAGAACAGAAAAAGCAGAACCCUCCAUCAUUUGCUGAGCUUUUAAAACUUUUACGCACUGAAGAGGGAAGACAAGAAGCCAAGGUCAUGAGAAUGAAACAACACUUGGGUACCACAAAACAGAAAGCUGCAUCCCACGUGCAAACUUUGUGUAACUGCGGUGAGACCCAAGCUGAGUCUGAUGCUAGCAGCAUACAUGAGCUAAGGAAGCAAGUUGCCGACCUGAAAACUCAGCUAACAUCCCUCAUGAAAAAGAAAGAGACAGCAUCCCCCAACCAAGAAAAAGUGAAAGUGAAAGAAAAACAAAAACCUGACCAUGCAACCACAGAAACCAACCUACCUUCCCAUAGGAGUGCGACUUCCAAGCCAAAGCCUUGGUACUGCUUUCGCUGUGGGGAGGAUGGGCACAUCGUUGCCACCUGUGAGUCGGAUGCCAACCCUGCCCUGGUAGCAGCAAAAAGAAAAGAACUGAGACAACGGCAGCAGUUAUGGGAGACACAGAACACCUCUCCUUUUCUUUUAAACUGAGCUCAGUUCCUGUCGUGGGACAGACAGGAACUGAGACUAGUCAACCAGGUCCCACUGAAUCCAAACCGAAAGUCAAGCAACGUGCUAUGCUAAAACAGUCUCACACAAGAGCUCAACCCUUCAAGCUACCUAAA